AUGACUACACAACAAAGACCAAAAGUUUUGGUCCUCGCCGGUACUGCUGGUACGGGGAAAUCCACCAUUGCAGAGGUGUUAUUGAAGACUUACCGUCCUAACCAUCCAAACUUGGAGUUUGUGGAGGGGGACGAUUUGCAUCCUCCUGCUAAUGUGGAGAAGAUGUCCCGUGGGAUUCCCUUGGGGGAUGAGGAUAGAUGGGGGUGGUUGCAAAGUAUUGCUGAUACCUCCGGUGCUAAUGCUACUAAGGAUGGUAUCACUGUGAUUAGUUGUUCUAGUUUGAAGAAGAAGUAUAGAGAUUUUAUUAGGGAUGCUUGGCCAAGUUGUGAUUUCCAUUUCAUUUUCUUGUAUGCUAGUAAGAUUGAAAUCUUGAGAAGAUUGAAGCAAAGAAUGGGUCAUUUCAUGAAGGAAAAUAUGAUGGAAUCACAAUUUAAAGAUUUGGAACUGCCCGUUGUUGGAGAAGAGAAAAACUGUUACAUUGUCAAGUUGGAUGGGAAGACAUUCCCUCAAAUUGAGAAUGAAGUUGUCGAGUUAUGUGGAGAAUUAAUGCAAUAA